AUGAAGGACGGCCCGCUUGAAGGUGAUGAUGCUCGGUUGGCGGCUAUGGGCCACCGGCCUGAGCUCCAGCGUAGCCAUUCUACCUGGUCAAUGUUGGGAUUGGCGUUUGCAGUUCUCAAUUCUUGGACCGCACUUUCGGCUAGCUUGUCGAUCAGUCUUACAUCUGGGGGAAGCACCAGCGUUAUCUGGGGGCUGGUGACUGCAGGAUUUUGCAAUCUUUGCAUUGCAUGCUCUCUCGCUGAAUUCCUAUCGGCAUACCCGACGGCUGGGGGACAGUAUCAUUGGGUUGCAGCUAUCGCUUGGCCAAGAACCGUUCCGAUAUUAUCGUGGAUAACUGGUUGGAUCAAUGUCGCGGGCUGGGUUGCGCUUGUUGCGACCAACUCACUUCUCUCGAGUCAAUUGAUUGUGGGCAUCAUCUCAGUCCUUCAUGAGAGCUAUGUUCCGCAGCGGUGGCAUCAAUUCUUGAUCUACAUUGGAUUGACUUUGGGAUCUUUUAUCAUCAAUGCUUUCAUGAACUCCGUUUUGCCGGUCAUUUACCGUGGAGCCUUCAUGUGGUCUAUUGGUGGCUUCGUGCUUGUUUCGAUUACAGUUCUUGCAUGCGCUUCUCCAAACUACAACUCAGCAUACUUUGUGUUCUGUGACUUUAUCAACACCACCGGAUGGCCUGAUGGGGUUGCAUGGCUUCUGGGUUUGCUUCAGGGAGGACUUGGCGUGACGGCCUUCGAUGCCGUCGCACAUAUGAUUGAAGAGGUACCCAACGCCGAUGUCGAAGGGCCGAAAAUCAUGGUUUCUUGUGUUGGAAUCGGCACAGUCACAGGUUCCAUCUUUUUGAUAGUCCUUCUGUUCGUCGCUGGGAAUAUGGAAAAGGUGACGACAUCUGCUGCAGGCCCUUUGCUGCAGAUCCUGAUCGACGCCACCAAGAGUAAUGCUGGGGCUAUCUGCCUUUUGAUGUUGCCUUUGGUCUGCUUGGUGUUCGCCAUCAUCAGCGUGAUGACAACAAGCAGCCGAAUGAUCUUUGCUUUUGCCAGAGACGGAGGCCUUCCUGCCUCUCGCUUUUUCGCGACAGUUCAUCCGACUUUGAAAAUACCACUCAACGCACUGAUGCUAAGUGUUGUCGUCGUCAUUGCCUUUGGGUGCAUUUUCUUGGGCUCAUCAAGUGCCUUCAACGCCAUCAUCUCUGCUUCGGUUGUCGCGCUGGAUCUAUCUUAUGGAAUACCCAUUGCCGUUAAUUGCCUCCAGGGCCGCAAUUCGCUACCGGAAAGAAAGUGGAAACUACCAAAUGCCGUCGGGUGGUUUGUUGAUAUUGUCGCAUUAUCAUACAUUCUCCUGACAACUGUGUUGUUCGUUUUCCCGCCUUCCCGCACAGUGACGGGAAGUAGUAUGAUCAUCAUCAUCAUUUCAGUCUUCCAAUGGAUUGUAGACGGAAGAAAGAAUUUCACGGGACCCCGUGUUGAUAUGUCCAUCGAUGCUCUGGACGCUGUGCCCACGAGAGAAGAUACUGGGCCCAACGUGCAUGAAAAGUCAUAG